GUGCUGGGCAUCCUCACAGCUGUCGCAGCAUGUCCUGCGAUCAUUGGGACCACUGAGGCAGUGAGACAUGGCCAACGUCAAAAUGCACGCGAAGAACACCGCGGCCGCAAGAGUCACUUGGUGGUCUCGUUGCUGAAUCGAAGUGCAUACAGCCAACGUUUCGACGGAGCACCGAUUGUACUCAAAGAUAACAAGCUGUGGAUUGACACGACUGGCGUCAGCAGGCGAAUGGAGCUACACCCAUUCACCGGCUACUUCCUCCCGUACCCAGGCGAUAUGGAGAAGAUUUGGCGCGACGCAGGCUACCACAAAGGCGAGGGUAUGGUCACGACAAUCUCAGAUGACCCGCCCUUCCUGAACUGGGUAUACGUGGAUCGUCAGACACAUGAAGUCAAGUACGGCAUCAGAGAUGAAGCGCAACCUCAUGUUGUAGGACCUUGGGAUGUGACCAAGUACGAUCGACGACUCACAUGUGAGGGAUGGGAAGGCUUCGUUGCUGUGGAGGAAGAGGAUGGCUGCCCUCUAUGGGCACUUUACUUCGAUCGAGAAGACGAUGGUCUGCAAAGCGAGGAGAGAGUGGGUACACAAAGGUUGCGGAUGCUCGCUUUGGAGGUUUGGAGAAGAGAGCUGAGAGCAGAUCGUGAGACUGCGGUUGAGAAUAGGUUGGAACGUAUCAGAGCUCGCGAGGAGAAGUCUUCGGAAGAGACUACUGUGUCGUGA